AUGGGCUGCACAAACGAGAAGUUGCACGCGCAGCAGAUUGCCUACCAACGGGACUUCCUCGGGGCUUGUUGGAACAGCGUCCUCGGCGAGGAUGAAGCUAAGGAGUACCUGGCAAGCCGGUGGAUGGGGAUAUCGAGGCAGGUGAUGGGGCUGUACACCAACAACCACUGCUUCACCGUGCGCACGCUGAGAAAAGAGGAGAAAACAGCGGCCGCGAACCCAUCCAAGGCGCCGGCCGACCUGGCCGGAGCGCGACCCGGCGUUGCCGGAAACAUCGGGGUGGGAAGCAGUGGUCGGCAGUGGUGCCCCAGUGUCAGUGCGGGCGCGAGCCCGCACGCCGGAUCGCCCCCGGCGUCACCCAAUAGUGCCAUGCCGGUCAUCAAGCUAUUGCCGUCGAGUACUCCAGGCUCUGGGAGCUUUCCGAAGACGACGUGCGAAGGGCAAUCCGGCAGCAACGGUGCCCCCUACCCCGCCAGCCCCAUCGCCGAGCUUUCCUCGACCAACGCGCGCGUCGCUGCCGGAGGAAAGACGAAGAGUACCGACUCUGGAACAUUACGAACAGUGAUGAAAGACGCGAUCGAGCAGGAGAAGACCUCACACAGCCACCACCCGUACCUUCAGCGUCACGGGCUCUCCGUCUACAGCGGUGUCGUCUUUCGCUGUGCCCCGGCACACCGGCUGUACCACCGCAUCUCCUUCGUGCCCGAUGCGCGCGCGAAGCGGCUGAACAACGCACCUGUGUCGGCAGUUGCAGGCACCUGGCAGGAGCAGCACCCAGCGAGUACGCCGAACACGCCGCUGGGCACGCUGGGCGGUGUCGCAGCUCCUGGCAGGGAUCUCUCAUCACUGAAGCGUUCGCGUAGCUUUCUUGAGACGAGCGGCCGAGCGGUGAAGCGCUCACCCCUAGGCGAGGGCGAUUGUGGGCAUGCAGGUGACAUGCCCGCCUUGCAACUUGGCUCCACCCUAGUCUGGCACACCACCUCCUCAGGAGCCGACUGGGAGACCGAUGAUCCUCUGAGCGCGUCCAACAACUACCCCAUCGAAGACCGCGACGUGGACGGCGUGGAAGCUACGCGGCCGCCCGUGAUCAUUGGGAGCAUUACGGCGAUGGAACUGCAGGCCCUACCGCCGAAUGCAGAGUUGUGCUUUGGAGGAUGGCUCUACGUGAGCUUGCAGGACGAACAGGAGCGCCUGCGCCGGUCGCUAGCGCGGUACGAGAAGCGGCGGCAGCGGCGCGCAGCAACUGCUGAGGCUGCCAUAAUAUCGUCACCGUUGGCCUCCUCUACAUGUCCGACUCCCUCGGCGUUCUGCAAGGACAGCCUCAGUCCAGGACAGUCGCCAGGUGGGUGGCAGUACAAGAGCGCCAACUGCGGAAACGUCGAGGAGGCGUCUGAUGACAGUGAGGCCCUGCUCCUCCGAACUUCUGUGGCGGCGCGAUCAAUGUCAGCACCGCCAUCCUCGCUUGGCCUAGUCCAGGAAGACACCCCCGCACCACCACCAGCGGAUGUCUCGCGCCAGUUUAGCCCCAAGGAAGGCCCCGGCGACGCUGUCAUUGCUGACACGGAGGGUGUGGCACAAACAACUGCUCCAAUGGUCGGCACUGCCCCAGCGGCUGAGGCGGCGAGCUCACCCGCCAGUGGAGAGGAGGAGGAUCAGCAACCGGCGCAACGCACUCCUCCGCUAUCGGCGACGCAGUCGGAGGAGCGCGCGGCGCCCGCCAUGCAAACCGCCACCGCACUACCGCCCUCGCAGUCGCAGCCAUCCCUGGCGAUGGCUCGGCCGUCGAACCUGUCCUUCAACGUGAGGAGCGCGGUUGCCUCGUCUGCGCACACCCCGUCCAGGACAACCGGCGAAUCGCUCAAGCACGUCAUAAACGUGCCCCCACCGCAGCCGACUCCGAUGCGGAGUCUAUCUCCGCUAACCCCAUUACGGUGCACGGGAAAGUACGCGCAGGAGGCGAUGGAGGCAGACGCGUUAGUGGCGUCGUGGCUGCCGUACGCGUACGUGGUCAUUGCCGUUCCCAUGUACGAGUGCUCCCUUGUGCCCACCGCCUUCCACACCGCCCUCAGCCGGCGCAAGGCGGUCUCUCUCAACCUCGCCGACGCGCAGUCGAGGCAGGCGUACGGUGUGGGGUGCAUCACUGCUGCCCGCUACGGUGGUGUGAUGGUGCUGGAGUACCGGGAGAAGAUCACCGAGGACGACGACGAGUGGGUCGACGAGCUGCUGCGAGUGGGCCGCGCGUCACGGGAAAAGUACGGUGAGGCAGGAGCCAAGCCAGAUGGCACGAGCACCCCGGGUCUCUCUGCGUCAGCGGCGGCGGGGACGUCAACGCCAUCAAGGCGGCAUCUCUCACACACUCUGGCGCAUCACGCACGCGCUGAGAAGCUGCACUGCAUCAAGAGCUGCAUCUGGCACAAGCUGCGGCGUCAAGGUCUGCACGUCAUCCUCGCCUCGACCCGCAUGGCCGACCGCCGGCACCGGCAGCAGCGCGCCCUCGUCGCGAGCGAACUGAACAGGGUGUUCCAAGCGCCUGCGAGCUGGUUCGGCGCGCCUGCGACGAGUGUUUCGGCUCACUCAAAGGGCCGAAAAAGCAGGCACACCGACUCUUUUGCGGGCUGUGCGAGUGCGACGACCGGCGACGCAUAUGAUGAUGUCGAUGGCAUCGGCUACGACUACUACACUACGGACAUGAACGGCAUGGUGAACUACGACUCGUUGGAUGACAAGAGCGACAGCCACAGCCACAGCUCCCGCAGAGGCCGUGCCUCGCGGUCUAGCAGCGGCAGCAUCGGAGGGUCAGCUACAGCAAGGAGUGGCGGCGACGGCCGCAGGCACCGGCAUAGUCUGUGGUCGAGGCUCGCUCUCCCCGGCGGUCGUACAAAUCAUCGGCACCGGCGACGGCACCACCAUCAUGGCGACCACUAUGCGGAACGGAAGAGGCAUCACUCCACCCACUUCGGCUUAGGCGACCAGCAGCAACGUGACGGCGGCGGUCGUCGUGGCCCAACGGCGGCGAAUCCCUGUCUCUGGGCAGAGCCGAACUGCGACGACGACUUUCUCCUGCGCGGCACUUACCGGCAGAUUGGUGGGAUGAAGUACUUGGACGUUGUGGCGCUCAUAGACGGGUGCCCGGUGUCGGAGCUGGUCCAAGGCAUCAAGCGCUGGGUGGUCAACCUCCUCUCCAUGCCAAUCAAGGCGCGCCCUCUCUGCCUGUAUCUGCAGCGGUACGAGGGCAUCGCCUCCUCGCUACAGCUGCUUAGCACACAACUAGCGAGCGCCGCCCUCGCAUCCAGCAUCACCUCCGGUCACCUGAUCGCCCCGAUAAACCUGAGCUUCCACGCUGGUGGCGGCACCGGGCUGGAGGGGGCGUCCUUUGUUUCGCAGCAGCAUGCCGAGGCGAUGGGCAGGGCGGCGAGCACAGGCAGCUUCUCUGCCGCCUCGGUGCUCAUGAACGUCCCGGCGACUGCCUCCGCCGUCCCACGCGGCGUGCCGUAUAACACCUACUACCGAGGUCCGCUUGACCCCGUUGUUCGGACCGUGAUGUCGCCCGAGGUCGAGUCGAUGAUAACGGCGUGCCACACACGUCAGCUGCCGGAGGUUUUGCGCUCACCGCAGUUGGCCGCGCCACACACAGUGACGAACGAUGGCGCAGCCAACGCCGGGCCCCUCCCCCCACCACCCUCUUCCGCUUCGGUCACUCGCAGAGGCACCCGUGACGGUCCCAGGAGCAGCAGUAGCCAUACCAACCCGGAGCCGCAGUUCCUGUCAUCUUUGUCAAGCAGCGAUGCCAGGAGGGCAGCGUCAGUCGAGGCAGGAGUAGAGAUCGCAGGGCAGGUGCUGUGCAGCCCGCGACUGUCUACGCCUCUAACUCCGACGACACCGCACACGAGGCAUCCACUCAGUGCCGACCCUAGCCCUAACCCUACCACCUCGGCCGCACGACCGCAGUGGAGGAAGCAGCACGAAACCCCCACUGGCAGCGCUGCCGUGCAGAGCUCCACUACACAUGUCGAUCCCACUUCUGCAUCGCUGCCCCCUAGUGCCCCGCUCCCCGCUGUGUUGUCGCUGCGCACCGCCGGCACGGUGCCACCGAAGCACAGCUCUGCGGGGCCUUCCUCAAAGGCCAGCGGGUGCCCCCUGUGCGACGAUUCGUUGCGGAGCGACAGCGGGGUCGGCAACAACUUUACUGCGGCUAAUGGAAUGGCGCUGGCGGCGGCAGUAGCAGCGUCGGUGGUGCCCGGCGACACUCUCGACGACCCUACUGGCGACGGUGGUAUGAACGACAGCUCCGCUUCUCCGGCCGUCAUCGACACGCUGACUGCCCUCCCGCUGCUGCAGGACGACUUGAAGCAGCAGGGGACGCCGUCAUCGAGGAGCAACUGCUUCAGUGUCGCUGCUUCUACGGGCGGAGCGACAGGCGACGGCACUCGCCCAGACGACAAUGUCGAGGCUAAGAAGCCGCGGUGCGUCAGGGACUCGGACGACAACGCGUCCGCCGGUCUCCGCAGCACGCUGAGCCACACACACUAUCCUGGUCAGGCUUCCCUGCCUGAGCGAUGGGAGGCAAUGGCGGCAGCGGCAGCAGCAACUGGAUGUUACCACAGUAGCGGCGAUUUCGACGCCAGUGAUGACGGCGACAGCGACGCGGCGGCGCGCCGGAAAGCCGGUGGAACUGCCUGCGCUGGUGCAGAGGGAGAGGAGGCGUCGUAUGGAGAGCGAGAGUGGCUGCUGGCGGACCGUGAGCUGCGGGCGCUCAAAUCGGAGCUGGACGAGAUGCACUACCUCGUCUCCACGGCCCACAGCGAGCUGAUGCAGAGGCUGGAAGAAAGUUCUCAGCUUGGCGCCAUCUUCCUGCCGCACACGCGGCCCGAUCAAGUCGACCUCUCGCUUCUCACUUUGAAGAUGAUGCGGCAGUACCCCGAGGAGGUGCCCGUGAAGGAGAUACACACGGACUGGGUGCCGAUGCUGAUGUCGCUGCUGACCAUAUCGCGCAACAACCUGUUCUGCUGCGCCGGCGACGAUGACGACGACAGCGAUACCUUGGGCUUUAUGAGAACGUACAACAACGCCGUCACCCAGGCCGACGUGUGCGACGCCGACAAACGCCGUGAGCUGUACGGCGCGGAAACGACGAAGUACACGAUCAACCCUCUUCCACCGUUGCCAGUACCGCGCCCGCUACACGACAUUGUCAUCGCACCGCAGCCGAUUCGCCUCACCAAGGAAGUGCUACGUGAAGUGAAGCGGGUUGGCAUGGAUGAGGCUGGUCUGUCCUUCGCCUUCUCCGGCGGUUCACUCGGUGUGCUGGCCGGCGUGCUGUACUACUACACGGAUUUCCUCCGUGCUAAGUACCGCAGCGGGGUGGCGGCAGCAGGUAGGCGUCCAAAGGACGCCGGGGCCACGGUGCAGGACGUGCUGGCGCGCGACGGGUACAACGUUCUCCUGCGGCGCAUCUGGAUCUGGGGUGUGAUACCGGACUCGAGUGAGCGCAAGUCGGGCAUCACCUCCGCCGCUGCUAGGGCGAAGCAACUACUACGAGGGAGGCUGCGGAGCCGCAACGGAGCGGAUUCGGCGAGCUCGACGGAGUCAGUCUCGACUCGGUGUGCCGAGGAUGCCGAUUAUGUAGUGACGAACACAACGGGCCUAGACAGUGGCUGCGCCCGUGUGAGAGGGCAGCCCUUCCGCAACACCGAGGCCUACGCCCUCUACGACGCCGUCUUGCACUACCUCCGCACGCUCGAGGAGCUUCACACGGAGCACCACGGCAACGCCUUUACCGCGCCACAGGCCUCGACGAAGCGCCGGUCCGUUCUGACGGCUUGGCGGCGCAACAAGGGUGGCCCCGACGCGGCGACCAUGGCAUACGGAAGCGGUGGCGAGUCGAACGGCGCGGCCGGGAGCCCUGCUGCCCCGCCAGCGAGCGGGGAGCUUGUGCCGAAAUUCGAAAUUUGUGUCGCCACAAACUACUACUACAAAGAGAUGAUGGAGGAAGCGCGCCGGCCACGCACCCCCGCUCGCAGAAGCAGCUUCCUCCUCUACACCAGUGGCAACCCUCACCACACGUUCUCGGAGACUUCCCGCUACAAGCGCCUUUCUGCCACGGUCCCGCCCCCGCCGGCCGCGUCGUCAAGUGCUGCGAGUGGCAUCAUCAACGCUGCAGUGGAUGGACGCAAUGCCCAUGCUGCGAUCCCACCACCACAGGUGGCGGAGCGGGCGCAGCAGCACCUGGAGCAGCCGUACUGCGGUGGAGAGGAGGCGGUAGGUAGGAAAGCACCACAUCGACAUGCCGUGAAGAGAAUCUUCGGGUUCUUGACCGAACACUACGAGCAGUGGCGCGCGCAACACAGUGACGACCCCGCGGCGAACGCACUGGCGAAGCGUGUUCACAUCUCCAUCAAGUAA